AUGGCCAUCAGUCAACCUUUGCCACCCGAAGAGGCUCGUAGCACAUGCCGUUGCGCCAUAAGAUACGCCAACAAUCGAAAAGAUACGAUGUCCCAACUCCGAGACUGUCGGCAAAACUUGAUCAAUGAGUGCAUAGAUCCCGGUACACUGAGAAGAGAUAUUCUUGCGAUCGCGACCACCGAAACUCAAUUGAACUACCGAAGAGAUGCACCAUCCGAGUUGGAAGAGCUAUACGUACCAGCAACCCGAGAAGUUUUCCCCGAUGCCGACGCCCACAUGAGAGAAAAAGAAAUAUGGGAAAAUAACGAGAUACACGAGUGCUAUUUGAGGACAUGGCGCUGCAUCAAAACUACCCUGCUCGAUAUUGAUGAGAAGCUCAAAUGUUAUGGUUUUGUGUCGGCGGAGAAAGACAAGAUGAUAGCCAUGCUGGAGAUGCUGGUUGUGCAGAUAGGGCGGCUCAGAGAGUCUUUAGUUGGGUUGAUUGUUGUGGAUAGGUUUGCGGAUGAAAUGGAUGAGAUUGCUAAAAGCAGAGGCAACAAAUGGUCCAAUAAUCCUGAGCUCUGGGCCGUCUGGGCCCGAUUCCAACGCAAUAUGAAGUGUGGAUGCACUGCCUGCACUCCUCUCAACCCUGAGGAUUGUGAUGAUCCUGUCUUUGAGAUUCCAUAUCUACCAUUGUCGGAUUGA